AUGGAACUUCCUAUUGAAAGCCUUUCGACAGGACCGCCCUUUUAUCUUACUCCGAAGGGGCGAAUGACUCUUGGCGAAGGACCCAUCUAUCGCGCCAGUGACUCCACAUUGCAUUGGUUUGACUGCCUCUCAUCCCCAAGCGAGCUCUAUAUCCUCCCUGUUGAUCCAGAAACGGGGGUUCCUACAGGAGCUGCCCGUGUCCAGGCACUCAAAGACAGUAUCAGCGUGGCCGCAUUUCGCAAGGACCAACCCGGAAGCUACAUCGGAGCUUACCAUCAGGGCAUUUGCCUCUUGGACGAGGCCACAGGCGAGCUUGAGGUCAUACGUGAGAUUAUCCCUUCAUCAGAAAGGGAGCACCGCCGUUUCAACGAUGGUGGUGUUGAUGCUGCAGGGCGCUUUUGGCUAGCAGAGAUCGACUUUGCGGCUAUGAAAUUCCCUCCCGGAGAGAUACCUUCAGGGUAUGGAGCUCCGAAGGGGCGACUUUGGAGAUAUGAUCCGGAUGGUAGCCUGCAUCUGAUGCUUCCAGAGGGUCUUAUAUGUGGGAACGGGGUGAAAUGGAGCCCAGAUAAUAGCAAAAUGUAUCUCAAUGACUCUUCUGGAAAGAAAAUUUAUGUUUUUGACUUUGAUCUUCUUUCUGGAAAUAUCUCAAACCAACGUACUCUGGUCGAUUUCCAAGGUCUUGAUGGCGAGCCAGAUGGCAUGGUUGUGGACACUAAGGGAAAUCUCUGGGUUGCCAUAUACGCCAUGGGCUCAGUCAUAGUCUUUAGUCCGGCAGGAGGUCGGCUGAAAGAAAUCAAGCUGCCAGCACGUUACCCAACCUGCCCCACAUGGGGAGGAAAGAAUCAUGAUAUUCUUUAUAUCACAACUGCGAAAGAUCGCACGGAUAAGCCAGAUCCGAACGAUCAUGGUGGGCAUAUGUAUAUGCUCCAUGCGGCUGGAGUCCGCGGACACGCCAAGUACGAAUUUGACGGCUAA